UCUCUUGUGGGAGUAAUUAUACCUGAUAUUUACCAGACAGUUGUCAGCGGUGUGCCCCCUUCAGUGACAGCAGGAACACUGCCUAGGAACCUGGAGUAUACCUGGAGGGUCUUUCGGGGGUCAUCGCCCCCGCGGCCCUCUCCAUGACCAGGCCUCGUGGUGGAUCAGGGCCUGAUCAACCAGGCCGUUACUGCUGACCGCAUGCUAACCAACGUACGAACCACAGCCCAGCUGAUCAGGUACUGACUUGAGGUGCCUGUCCAGCUCCCUCUUGAAGACAGACACGGGAGGGUAGUGGCCUAUUUCCUGCCCUUCUUGAAUUUCACUGGUAAUUCGGCGGCGAAAUCAACGAAAAAAAGGGGCUUUGUUCGUCAAGGGGUAACCCACUCAGGGGUUAAGCAACUGCUGGCUCACUGCUGGCUUACUGCUGGCUUCCAUCAACAAGACUGUACUGAGAGACUGCUUACAAUUCACCGAGGCCUGACAGACACCUUGUUCAGAGGCUGUAAUAAUAUCAAGCGCGAGGAGCUUAUUAAAAUCAUAGACACUGUAUCCCUUUUAAUGCAUCUGUUGUUUGAUGUUUAUGUUUGCUUAAGGAUAACCACGAGUGCCCUGUAGCACUCGUUUUCUUUUGAGUACAAGAUAGAUAUUCCUGUGAGUCCCUGAGGCAGUAUGUGAGUUAGCAGUAGUGGUAAUAGUAUGUGAGGUAGAAGUAGUAGUAGUAGCAGUGUGUGAGUUUGCAGUAGUAACAGUAUGUGAGGUAGUAGUAGCAGUGUGUGAAGUGGCAGUAUUAACUGUAAAGUGGCAAUAGUAACAGUGUGUAUGGGUGUUUCAGCAUGGGUGGUCAGGUACCGUCGGUAACAAUGAGUGAGGAUGGUGGUGAGGCAGCGGUGGUGGUGGUGGUGUGUGAGGAUAAGGCCACUAGCACUGACGAUGAGCUCCUGGGCUCCCCUACCCAAGAUGACGAUGUCUUCGGUCCCGACAACUGCUUCCGGUACAUGGCCCACACUGCCCAGCUGUGGGGGGCCGACUUGGUGGGCCUGGAACGCCCACACAGCGCCCGUGGGGGGCGCUACCUCCGCCAUCAGGAAUCUCUAAGCAGCAACAGCGACGUCUCUCGCCCGCACCGACAGGUCAAACUCCGAAGACAGCGCAAUACGGAGUCAAGCGAUACCGAAAAACGAACGAAGACGCGGGAACUAAGGCGGCAAUGGACCACCGACUCUUCUGACUCUGGUUACUCGAAGAGGUACUCGCGGGAGUUGCGUCGUCAGGACACCGAAGAGUCUGCAGACUCGACGAGGCGCCUCGUACGAGAGCUACAGCGUCAGGUAACAACUGAAUCGUCGUCAUCUUUAAGACUGACGCGUCAGUCAUCCAUACACAGCGCUUCCGAUAAUCAGAGCCUCUGUCUUUUGCGUCAGUCAACCAUCGACACUUACGAUGAUAUCUCCACAACCGACUUCUCUCGGCCGCAGUCCCGCAACAGCAGCCGCAAUCCCGGGUGCAGCAUCCUGGACUAUUCGCCGCACUCCUUCACCUCCGACGCCGCCCAUAGCCAAGCAGAAGCCGCCGGUCAGACCGUCCUUACAGAGUAUGCUGCUCCAGGUGACACUUGUCCCAGCCCACAAGACCUGGUUAAUGGCUACGACUACACAGCCAACACCAUUCCUGCCAAUGUUGGAGCACCGCUCCUCUCCACCAUCUCCUGCUCCCUCAUCAACCUCAGUGCCGUCGACCUGGAGGCCGCCGAGAUUAAGGAGCUCCAUAAAAGUCUCCGUACCCUGGGACCUGAGACUCAGAGCAAGACCAGGCGGAAGAGGACUCGUCGGAGCACUGAUAAUGAGGCUCUGAAGGCGGCGAAGGAACGGGUGCGGCGACGGAAGGAAGAGGAGGAGAUGCCUAGAAAAGUCCGCUGGUCCAUCAUGGCCACAGGACUUAUCCUCCUCCUCAUGUCAGUCAUCUUGGUGGGGGCCACGCUCAAAAUGGCGCCGCUCAUCGACGAAUGGUGA